UGCAAGCAUACCGUGCCGUACCGCGGGUACUGAGAUGGUGCCGUUAGUUCCUAUUUAUGUCGCCGGUUUGUUUGGGUUAGUAGUGACAGUUCCUGCAGAGUACUAUGCUACUAAGUACGAUCACAUCGAUAUCGAGAUGAUCCUGAACAACCGCAGGAUGGUCAACUACUAUACAGCGUGCAUGCUGAAUAAAGGACCUUGUCCACCAGAAGGGUUGGAAUUUAAGAGUUCAUUUCGAGAACACCAUUCAAGGAGUGUGAAAAAGACCCAAAGUAUAAGAAGCAUGGGUUUCACAGUCAGUUUUAUUUUCAAUGAAAUGCCAUGAACAUAUUCGAAAUCUGCCAUGAAAGUACUUUCCUCACUUCCCCCUCUUCAAUAAAAACCUAUCUGAGAAGUAUGUUUAGGUUUGGUUUAUAAAUUGAUUUUUCCCUCAUUCAACUGCAAUCGGAACUAUAAUUUGGAAAAAUAUAUUCUACU